UCUCCUCCUCUCUCUCAUCUUCACUGCUGCACACCUCACCAUCUCUGCCUCUCUCACUCUACCCUUCCAUCCCUAUAUAUACACGCACGCACGCCACCAAAUCCCAACACCAACUCGACCGAGCUCACACUCUGCGACAUUGCAGCAGCAAAAGAACUUGCGCAGGAGCAUCACUAGCUAGCUAGGUAGCUUUGUUGAUCAUUGCUGCGAUGGAGACCUUGCUGGACAAUGCCGCCACUGCCGAGCAGGACCGGGAGCAGUACCGUGGGGUGAGGAAGAGGAAGUGGGGCAAGUGGGUGUCGGAGAUCAGGGAGCCCGGCAAGAAGACGCGCAUCUGGCUGGGCAGCUUCGAGACGCCGGAGAUGGCCGCUGUGGCGCACGACGUGGCCUCUCUCCGGCUGCGCGGGCGAGAGGCCAGGCUCAACUUCCCGGACAUCGCCCAUCUCUUCCGCAGGCCGGCCACCGCCGAGCCCGACGACGUCCGGGCGGCGGCGCUGGAGGCCGCGGCUCAGGUGCGGUUCAGGCCCGACCUCCUGCUGCAGACCGGCGGCUGUGGCAGCGGCGGCAGCUGCUCCCCGGACUUGCUCGAUGACGUGGCCUGGGAUGUCAUGCUCGGCGCUGAUGAUCUGGAGGCCCAGUCGCCCAACAUGUGGGCUGAGCUGGCGGAGGCCAUGCUGUUGGCCCCACCUGUCUGGGAGGGCAGUGCCGUAGACAAUGACGAGUGGGCCAAUGGCUCGCUCUGGGACCCGUCUUGCUGGAGCUACUAAUCGCACGGUCUUUGGGUUCCUAGAGGUUUAACUGGAUUUUUUCCAAAAACCUAGAUAAGUUAGGAAUUCCAGAGGUUAAUGCCCGAACAGAUUUAGGAAUCGGCAGCUCAAGGGAGUUCUUAUGAUAUUUUCAAGUGCGUGGGGUAGAUAGCAACGGUCCAGCACGUGCAAUUCACGUGGGACACAAUAAGUAUUCCUGUAAUUCUUUUCAUUAUCUCCACUUUAUAAGAAAUGUUGAGAAUGUGGUUGAAAUAAAUAUGCCAGAAAGGUAUAUUUAAGAA